AUGGGCGACUGGCUGAUGUCCCUGGUGGAAAAGAAAGAAGCAGAAGAAGAAACCGACUGUCAUAUUUUGCAGAUCGUCAGUCGCUAUGACGUCAUUCUCAUCCAGGAAAUACGGGACAUUACCAACACGUCCGUCAAUGAGCUGCACGGUAACCUUUCUGCGCAUGUCAGAGCUGCGAAUCCGUCCGCGUGUUUUUCCUACAAGAUCAGCCCAAGGCUUGGGAGGACGAGAUAUAAAGAACAGUACGCUUUUUUCUACAGGUCAGACAGGGUCAACGUUGUUGCCAGCCACCUCUUCACGGAGAGCGGAGGAGACGUGUUCGAGAGAGAGCCGUUCUGUUUACUACUCAACAUCCCCGGCCAGGCGGGGCCAUGGCGGCUGGCUCUGAUUGGCCUGCACGCGAAACCCACAAACGCUGUUGAGGAACUACAACACCUCUUUCACCAGGUCGAGGCAGAGGUCAAGCUCACAUGGAACACGCAGAACUUGCUGUACCUGGGGGACAUGAACGCCGAUUGCAGAUACCUCCCUGUGUCACACCAGAUGGUUACAGGGAUGUUCCAACAUCCGGGGUACUUCUCACUGAUUGGCUCAGACGCAGACACCACAACCGGGAGGUCCAACUGUGCCUAUGACAGGAUCGUCGCCACGGGAAAUGACCUCAUCAGUGCCGUGCAGUCUUCAAGAGUCUACCCGUAUGACCUGGAGCUGGGCCUCGAUCCGACAUUAACCAGCAGGGUCAGCGACCACUAUCCCGUGGAAGUGGAACUAUAGGCGCCAUAGUCUGAUUCCUGCCCAGCUACUUAUAAAUGAAUGUCUGAGGAAAGCGGCGGACUUCGGGACCAGUCAAUUGACACUGAACAUAUUUCAUAGCACCAGCUGUUAUUCCUUCAUCAAUAACCGCGUCUCAUAGAUCAAGGUGAAUGUCAUUCAUAGUGAAACAGGGUUCAAAGGGUCAAGGGACCAGUCCUUCAUCAAUAACCGCGUCUCGUAGAUUCAAGGGGAAUGUCAUUCAUAGUGAAACAGGGUUCAAAGGGUCAAGGGACCAGUCAAGAAAUGUGACCAAUGAUUAAUCACGAAACGUGUCUGAUAGGGUCAAGCAUAGACCAUACACCGGUAUAUGGACUCUGGUUCAAGGGACCAGUCAUUGAUCACGAAACGUGUCUGGUAGGUUCAAGCAUAGACCAUACACCGGUAUAUGGACUCUGGUUCCAGGGACCAGUCAUUGAUCACGAAACGUGUCUGGUAGGUUCAAGCAUAGACCAUACACCGGUAUAUGGUCUCUAGUUCAAGGGACCAGUCAUUAAUCACGAAACGUGUCUGAUAGGUUCAAGCAUAGACCAUACACCGGUAUAUGGACUCUGGUUCCAGGGACCAGUCAUUAAUCACGAAACGUGUCUGAUAGGUUCAAGCAUAGACCAUACACCGGUAUAUGGUCUCUGGUUCAAGGGACCAGUCAUUGAUCACGAAACGUGUCUGAUAGGUUCAAGCAUAGACCAUACACCGGUAUAUGGACUCUGGUUCCAGGGACCAGUCAUUAAUCACGAAACGUGUCUGAUAGGUUCAAGCAUAGACCAUACACCGGUAUAUGGUCUCUGGUUCAAGGGACCAGUCAUUGAUCACGAAACGUGUCUGAUAGGUUCAAGCAUAGACCAUACACCGGUAUAUGGUCUCUUGUUCAAGGGACCAGUCAUUAAUCACGAAACGUGUCUGAUAGGUUCAAGCAUAGAUCAUACACCGGUAUAUGGUCUCUGGUUCAAGGGACCAGUCAUUGAUCACGAAACGUGUCUGAUAGGUUCAAGCAUAGACCAUACACCGGUAUAUGGUCUCUUGUUCAAGGGACCAGUUAUUGAUCACGAAACGUGUCUGAUAGGUUCAAGCAUAGAUCAUACACCGGUAUAUGGUCUCUGGUUCAAGGGACCAGUCAUUGAUCACGAAACGUGUCUGAUAGGUUCAAGCAUAGACCAUACACCGGUAUAUGGUGUCUGGUUCAAGGGACCAGUCAUUGAUCACUUAACUUGUCUCAUAGAUUCAAGAGACUAGUCAUGCACUACGAACCAUGUCUCAAAAGUUCAAGCGACUAGUUAUUUAUCGUAAGCUGUAGUAAUACAUCUUCCAAUGUAUUUAUUACAAUAUGAUCGAUCCGACUUUCCAGCGUUUUUAGAGGGCAUUCACCAUUACGGUUCAAGUUACGCCUCUCUGCGGCAGAAAUGAUAAAACUUUACUUCAAACUGUAAAUAUUCCAUAAAUAUUUAACAACUGAA